AUGGGUGACUCCGAAUCGCCAUCUAACCAGGGCGAUGAUUUUCAGAAAAAUGACGUGUCCACUGUACCGGAUGGUCUGAGACCCAACGGUGAAGGAGGCACCGACCAAGGGCAACUGCGUGAGGCUGGUAAUGGCGCCGAAAGCGAGAUGCCAAAUAACUUAACCAAUCAGCCGGGUGCAGUUGCCGAGCAAGAAAAACCUGUAUUCCUUACGGUCCGGCAGCGUAUUGAUAAGAGACGCAAGGAGCUGGGACUACCACCAAUCCCGCGAGUUCCAGACCGGUCUGACGAGCUGGAAGAAGGUGAUGUGAUGCUAUACUCCGGUAUAACGCGUCAUGUUAUACGACGAGCCAACAAUGUUGCCGUCAAGUAUGGAAGUGACAUGAUUCGUUGUGAAAUUGCCACCCUUCAGUUCGCCAAGGACGCUGGAAUUCCGGUUCCAGAUGUGUACGGUUUCGGCAAACGUUCGGGUGAGACAUAUAUCGAGAUGGAGUAUAUUGAAGGGAAUACACUGGAAGAUGUAUGGGAAUCAUUGAGCCAUGAAACACGAAUUGACAUGGCACGCCAAUUGGGCCGUCUUGUCAAGAUCAUGCGUGCCCUGCCGCCUCCUCCAAACUUCAUUGGCGGCUUCGCACUCGAUGAGCUGAGGGACUUCCGGCACAACGACGUCUUUGUCCGCCCGGCCUGCCGCAACGAGGAAGAAUUCAACGCCUAUCUGACCGAGGAGCCUCAAAUACCGGCGAGUGUCAAGCGGGCAUUCUUGCGCGGCAUCGGGACUGCCCACAAGAUUGUCUUUUCGCACUGCGAUCUGGCACCGAGAAACAUUAUGGUGCGCGACAACCGCAUUGUGGCGUUGAUUGACUGGGAGGCCGCAGGCUGGUACCCCGAGUACUGGGAGUACGUCAAGUUUCUGCACGUGGGUGGCAGAGACCGCGAGUGGAGAACAUUUGUCGAUGAGGUCUUCCCGGAGCCGUACGAUACAGAGAUACUUUUGUAUACGGGCUUACUGCACUAUCAGGACUCUUUUGACAGCAGAAGACGAGCUGCGUGGGACGAGAAGACAAAUACAUUUAAGCUAUGUACUGAGAUUGAGGGAAAUGGGGAAAAGGACGGGGGAAAGGAGGGCAAGAAACCUGAUGGGGGCAACGAAGGCAAUGGAGAUGCGUAA